AUGGCUAGUUUGUCGUCUGGAGGCACGUAUGCAGAUAUCAAGAGGAAGUUCAAGUUUGACACAGAUACAUCCACACAAGAGAGCGAGGGUCGGCAGAAGCUGCGCAGCUGGCUGAACAAGAGCCUGCGUGUGAGCAUGACGGACGGGCGGACGCUCAUCGGGGUGUUCCUCUGUACAGACAGGGAUAAAAAUGUCAUUCUGGGGUCAUGUCAGGAGUAUAUACAGGAUCCAGAUAACACAUCAGGUGAGGACCCUCGGGUACUGGGACUAGCCAUGGUUCCUGGUCACCACAUCCUCAAAAUAGAAUAUGAUGACAUCACGGCCAACCAGAUCAUGUGAUCUAGCUACCCAGCAUUCCAUACUACUGUCCACACCACUCUGAGUAUGUCCAAGAAGAGAGAUUUCAGGGGAUUUUUUUCUAGUUCUGUAAAAGAACUGAAAAUUGACUUAAGUGGAGGUAGCUUAUGAGCUGACAUUCUUCUAUGAAUGCUGAAAGCGCUGUGCUGCUUAUCCAGAGCGUUGCAAGUCCUGUGUGUUUUGGGACAAGAAAAGGAUGAAAGUGAUGGUGACAUCGGCUUGAUUGUCCUGAUCAUCGUGGGAGCAAAUAAGGACUGUAGAAAAGACUGAUAUUUAUGUAUUAUUUUACACCAUCUGAGACCAAAUAAGCACAAGAUCUCCUGAUGCUGAACACCAGUAUUUUUACUUGUCAGAGGUGACAACAAUGCAUGGAACAGAUUCCAGUAUGUGCUGUUAGUUUCUGACUUGGUGCGAGGUCAUUGUGCCGAAGAAUCAUGUCAAUAAAACAUUAUGUUUUAUCCA